AUGCCUUUCUCGCCGCUUGAACUGCUUGAUGAAGAAUAUUCAGAGCUUUUUCCAGCAACAGCCGUAAAGCCAAAUGAGAAAAUUAACAGGAAAGAAGAAAAAGUCAAUAGACAUGAAGAGAAUGUUCCUCAAAUUCAUGUGACUGACCAACUUUUUUCUGAUAACUGGAGUUAUAAAGAGGGAUCGAACAGUGCUUCACCGGUUGUUCAAAUGACUUCUGGAGAUGAAAAUGAACAACUGAGUUCUCCAGAUGACUCAAAGACGUGUGAAAAUAACCAAAUAACCGACGAUGAAUGUUCUGGAACCAAAAAUAGUGACAAGAAGUUAAGUGAGGAGAGUGAAAAACUAAACAAUAAUUCACAACGUAAAUUGUUUCAUCAGACAAAUGAAACAAGUGUUGCACCGACAAGUAUGAAUAAUAUGAAAGAUGGUAGUAUUACAUGCAUUGAAAUUACAGAAAAGGAAAAUGAUAAGGCAAGACCACCAGACGAUAUAGAACCUGUUAUAAAACCCACUAUACGCACUAGAAGACAUAUUCUUAAUUCAAAUCAACCAACAACUUAUGAUAUUACUUUAACUGAUCCAAAUGAUCAAUCACUUGUUAAUACAUUGGUGAUUACUUCGAAAGAACAACAAAAUAUAAUUAACAAUAAUAAUAAUAAUAAUAAUAAUAAUAAUAAUAAUAAUACACAAACCACUGAUAUAAUUAUCAAAUCAACUUAUCCAUUAAAAGAUCAUAUAAAAUCAUCACCAAGAUUAUCAUCAUCAAUUAAACGAUCAAAUAGUUUAUAUCAUUUAACCAAACAAAAUGUAUCUAACACAUCUAUGCAUAAUUCAUAUCAAAAAAUUAAUAAUGAAUAUCCAUUGAAUGCAAUGAUUCUACGUGAUAUAGCAUAUCAAUCAUGGAGAAAUCGAUUAGUUAAAAGUGCACGUAUUGAACAUAUGUCAAAUUUAUGUAAUGAAAUUGAUGAAACAAAAAAACAGAAAGAAAAAUUGGAAAGAGUGAAAUCAAAUGAAAUGUGUUUUCAAGCAUGGAAGCAGAGUAAACAUCAACUUUUAAUUGAUGCAAUGAAAAAACGUAAAGCAGAAGAAUUGGCACAGAAAAAGAAGCUUGAAGAAGAACAGGAACGUAAACUAAACUCACAAAAGGCAUUCAAUGCAUGGAAAGCACAUAAAGAUGAAUCAAUCAUUAAACAACAUCGUGAAAAUUUAUCUAAACAAAAACGUGAACAAGAAUCCAAAGAAACGGAACAAAAUGAAAAACAAUAUUUAAAUCAACAAGCAUUUGAAGAUUGGAAAGCCAAAAAAGAUGCCGCAUUAAAACAAAGCCUUCAGAGUAAAAGAAAACAUCAAACCGAAAAAGAAAAACAACUAGAAGAAGCUAAUCGUAUUAAAAUGGAACAAGCAGCUAAAGCUUAUCAUCAAUGGGAAUUAAAAAAGGUUGCAUCAUUAGAGAAUCUUGUUGUCAGCAUCGACCAUUCAAAUAAACCAAACAGAAGACCAUGGAGGCCUCCGUCAAAGACAAUCCCUCCAACUCAUGCAUAUAGAAUGUAUUAA